AUGGCAUCAGCAUCAUACAAUGCUGGCCCUUACAUUCUGGCUAUCAACUGGAUCGUGGCGGGCGCUGCGGUCCUUAUCUUCCUGUUGAGACUCAUUGCCAAGCGCCGGGUGCGCAAUGUGUCCUGGGAUGAUGCAGCCAUGUUAUUCGCUUUGAUGCUCGGCCUGGCGUCGUCCGUCUUGAUCACCCUGGCAAUCUUACACGGCUACGGAAAACAUGUGAAAGAUAUUGAACCUUCAGAUCGAAGCGUAGCCAUGAAGCUCUACACAAUAUUUCAGUGUGUCUCAAUUCUCAGCACAGGAACGGGGAGGGUUGCUUUCGUUCUAUACUUGUUGCCGAUCUUCCAACAACAGUAUCUCACACGCCAUCUCCUGUGGUUCAUCCUUGCGCUCCAGACGGUUACCAAUUAUGUCAGUCCAGUGACUAUUUUGGCCCAAUGCAAGGACAUCCAUGUUCUUUGGGACCCUACCGUCAUGACCCAAUGCUGGGAUCCAAAAAUUUCGAUUGCGUACAGCUAUGUACAAUGCAGUAUAAACACCGCUACCGACCUCUACCUGGCGACAUUCCCAGUGUAUACCUUUUUGAGGCUAAACAUUAAACGACGCACCAAGGGAAUACUUAUCAUUCUAAUGAGCCUUGGACUAGUCGCUAUGGUAGCCUCAAUCAUGCGUGCCCUCUACCUCCCCUCCCUCUCCAAAAUCGGCGACCGAACAGCAGCAACCAACCGACUGACAAUCUGGGCUCUGCUAGAAUGCUACCUCGUCAUCAUCACCGCCUCAAUCCCCUGCAUCCGGUCCCUAGUCGUGGAUUCCGUUCGACAUAUCAUCAGUAGUGGCCGGUCUACUUCUGUACGCGAUCCCGAUAGUACUCCCAAACACAGCAGGCAAAACACCUGGGGUGAUUCUACCUCAUGGAACUAUCCCGUUGGUGAUGAUGUCGAAGGAAGAAGACAUAUACUUAGUGAAGUCGAAUUAGGCCGUUUAGGUCGUGCCCGUGCAGAUAGUGGCCGUGUUGAGUAUGGACACGUUGGUUACGGCCGCGUUGAUUACUGUCGUGUUGAUCGCAACCGUUUCAACUCUACCCGCAUAUCCAAAUUAAUGGAGGUGUCGGUCGCCGCGGAAGCAAUCCCUAAGUGGAUUUAA